CAAGUGGAAGGGAAAGCAGAAUGGCACUUCUAGCUUUGUUCAUUGCUUCCCUCCUGAGCUCUGCUGCCAUGGGCACCACCGAAGCAGUCAGAUACAAGGCCAGCAACAACGCCGCCGGCACCCCCGGCGGCACUCGCUUCAACAAAGAGAUCGGUCUCGCCUACAGCAAGCAGGUGCUUGCAGCCGCCUCUUCCUUCGUGUGGUCUACCUUCAGGCAGUCGGCGAUGGACAGGAAGGAUGUCCAGCUGAUCACUCUGGUGAUUGAAACCAUGAAUGGCGUCGCAUACACGAGCAACAACGGGAUCCAUGUCAGCGCCAACUACAUCGCCGGCUACUCCGGCGACGUGAAGACGGAGAUCACCGGCGUGCUCUAUCACGAGGUGACCCAUGUCUGGCAGUGGAACGGGAAUGGCAACGCGCCGGGAGGACUGAUAGAAGGGAUAGCGGACUACGUGAGGCUGAAGGCCGGGUAUGCUCCAAGCCACUGGGUUAAGCCCGGCCAGGGAGACCGGUGGGAUCAAGGUUACGAUGUCACUGCUUAUUUCCUUGACUACUGUAACAGUCUUAAGGGUGGAUUUGUUGCUCAACUCAACGCCAAGAUGAAGAACGGCUACAGUGAUAACUUCUUUGUAGAGCUUCUUGGCAAGCCGGUAAAUCAGCUUUGGAAUGACUACAAGGCUAAAUAUGGAGGUUGAGAUCGUGUUUUGUAAUAAUUAAUGGCGUGGACAGGUAUAUCUGUGUGCGUACUUAAAUAAAAUGGAGCCAUUUUAAUUUGUCAA